UGAAGGGUACACGUGUGGUGAGAGAAGACAGGCCCGAAAGGCAACUCUGUAGUAAAUUAUCGUUCAAGUUGCUCCUCUUGAUCGAAGGGCUUGGGCAGCAAGGAACUGAUACUGUCCAACACUGAUAGUCUAGAUUCAUCACAAGAGGUGCUUCCCGGUGUCUCGGAAAGAUCAGCUUAACCGACCGCAAACCCAUUCAUUACUGUAAAUGACCUUCUCAGGAAGUUAUUUCAACGGACUAAUUAUUCCCCCAACUGGCUGAGUGCACGAAACCGUACCACCAAGGGAUGGUGGUCUGUCAUUCUUGCCUUGUUGGCUUGGCUUUCCGCUCCUCUGGCUGGAGGAAUGUAGGGUCAAGCAUGAAUAACUGGCGAAGCUCUGGAUUGUCUAAACGUCUAACCUCAAAUUCGUCUUUCAAUACCCGCCAACCUGGCACUCGCUGCAGCGGCCACGCUUUCGGCUUCGCCUACGCCCGCGCCAGAAUCUGCGCCAGGGUCGAGCCCAGAAGGUAAGGGACUUGAUGCCGCGUUUCCCGUUCAACAAGCGCAUGCUGUAUUGUCAAAGACAGGCACAAGGCGGUCGAAUAUUGACAUAUUCCCGGCUUUGCUCCAAACAUGCCCAGUUCAUGACUGUCCGGAGUGAUUUACUUCCGCACCAAGCACCGGCCGCCCUUGUGAAGGCUACGGGAAUCCACCCGCAUUGUGACGAGGCUAGUAGUCAACACCGCUAGUGAUUGAAAGGUCUCAGCGUCCCCUAGUUCUGUUUCCCAAUCUCUGUUGAUUGUGUGGUUCUUACGUGCUGUAUGGGUCAUCGCAAUUUCAUUGGUCGGUCGAUUUUUCAUAAUCAAAUUUCCCGCUUUUGACACGCGUAACAGUGGUGGUAUCUUCGCAGAACGCCGACGUGAAAGCGAAAUGUCGCCUCCAAUUAGCGACCGAAUGCGGCCAUUUUGUUGUUUUUCUGCGGGUUAAAUUGCUCGGCGCUGCUGUCUUGUACGGGGUUACUCUUUGCCUCAAGUCUUCUGUUCUCACACCAUUCCCAGUUACCGCCCUCCCACUGGUCGCGUCAGGAGAACGGUUGGGGUGUGGGAGAGUAUGCAUCACAACGCAGACGAGAGUGGCUUUGCUGACAUGAGCCCGUCUUGAAACCCCCAUGGACAAAAGUAUGUCUGGUCUCUCGCUCGCAUAUAUAUGUUGGCCUUUUUCUUUGCGGUGCAGUGUUGACUUGAAUGAAGCAACCCCCAUCGGUUCCCUCGUCGAACUCCUUGCGGUAUACUCUUCCGUAGGAUUAGACGUUCGCUUGUUCAAUGUGUCUUGUGUGUACCUAAAUAUCUCUCCUCAGCUUA